CAUCCUCUAGCAAAAGUCGAAUUUCUCACCUCGUGACGACCGAACGCUCCUCAAUCGACACAUCGCCGCCGAAACCGACGAGGAACACCAACCGCAAUCAUGGCUGACGUCGAAUACAACGCCGAGGAGGCAGCUGAGAUCAAGAAGAGAAGAGCCUUCCGCAAGUUUUCUUACCGUGGAGUCGACCUCGACCAGUACGUUGCCAAAACCACCUUACCGACGACACACGCCAUUAUUUCAUCGGCCACCGGUCGUUUGCUCCUCGAUCUUACUUCAGACCAGCUCCGUGAUGUCGUUCACGCUCGUGCCAGGCGCCGAAUCAACCGCGGCUUGAAGCGCAAGCCCAUGGGCUUGAUCAAGAAGCUCCGCAAGGCCAAGCAGGAGGCCAAGCCCAACGAGAAGCCCGACCUUGUCAAGACCCAUCUCCGUGACAUGAUUGUCGUCCCUGAGAUGAUCGGUUCCGUCAUCGGCAUUUACUCCGGCAAGGAGUUCAACCAGGUCGAGAUAAAGCCCGAGAUGGUUGGCCACUACCUGGCUGAGUUUUCGAUUUCAUACAAGCCCGUCAAGCACGGUCGCCCGGGUAUUGGUGCUACCCACUCGUCUCGUUUCAUUCCUCUGAAGUAAGGGCCAGGUUUGGCAAAGUUUUGGGGAGGGUCUUGCAUUGAAAUUCAUUCCGGAAUAUGGCGCACGGUCACGGUUUUACUCUAGAGGUUGGCAAAGCUCCAACCGACUGGAGAUGAUAGUGCAAAUAAAAGACGAAUCUUUGGGCAAAUUGCUGGUUGCGAAUUCAAUUAUUUUUUUUCUCAUGCGAUGCUCGUCUUUCAUGGCCCUGUCUCAAGUGUGACGUUUGCUCCCUGGCUGUCCGGGCUGUUAUCGUCCUGUGGAGUCUGGUGAAUUUAUCUAUUUGAGACGGCUCUUGGUUUGGCAAUGUGAGCCCCAUAAACAUUCUUGGUUUCCCGACCACCGGUCCAGUUUGCAUUAACUCAUCGUACAACUCAAACGAUAAUGGUUAUGUGACUUUCUUAUGUCUUCGCAUUCCUCGCAAAAACAGUCAAACGCUGGUGAUCCAUAGUUUAUGCUCAACUCUUGGCCUUUUGUGAUAUUAGUCCUGGCAAUUACCCGGAUCUCGCCGUCUUGAAAGCUAAAGUUGCAGUUGAACUUGCUGCACUUGUGGUUGAUCAAUGAGCCGAUGAGAUAGAUGUAUGCGCCAUGCCUCCUGUUUCCGCAAUCCUCCGGUGCGCGAAAG